UUUGGCUCUGUGCCAUACCUCUCCACAGGGCCCACAGUACUGGAAGUGUUUAAUACUCUACUGAAGCAGCUCAGACUCAGUGUGGACUACGAGCUUACAGGAUCCUACGACUCUUUUGCAAACAUGGGCUCCAAAGUCAUUAAAGUACACGAGGAGAGACAACUCCAAGAAGCCGUCAUCAAAACUGUCGGCUCAUUUGCAAACACACUGCCCCCCUACCAGCGCUCAGAAGUCAUGUUGUUCAUCAUCGGUAAAAUUCCUGUGCCAGGCAUGUAUCCGGCUCUGGGCUCGGCCAACACUGGGGUUGAGGGCAGUAGGAUGAUCCAGCUUAUGCUGCUAAAGUCUCUGCUGCAGGUAACAGCAGGAUUUCAGUCUACAAACAUUUUGACAGCACUUCCCACCUCAUUCCUGGACCCUCUCUUGUCCUUCACUCUGAUGGAAGACGCAGAGAUCCGUCUACUCGUUCUUGACAUCCUCAUCAGCAUCAUCGAUCGCCAUGACAACCGGAACAAAUUCUCCCCUGUCAGAAUUAUCUCAGAUAUCUCAGUACUGAAGCUGAAAGUAGACAAGUGCUCAAGGCAGGAUAACCUGUUCAUGAAGAAACACAGCCAGAGGCUAUACCGCCACAUUUACCUAGCCUGCAAAGAGGAGAGCAGCGUCCAGCUGCAUUUUGAGUCUCUUUAUACGCUGCUGGGGUUGAUCUGUGUGGAGCUGGCCAAUGAGGAGGUGGUGGUGGACCUGAUCCGACUGGCUUUGGCAUUACAGGACCUGGCCUUGACUGAAGAGGCUCUUCCUGUAUAUGCCCGCUGUGCCAUCCACGCUCUGUCAGCUGUGUACCUGAACCUCAUCUGUCAGCUGACCACUGUGCCUACCUUCUGCCAACAUGUCCAUGAGGUGAUUGAGUCAAGAAAGAAACUCGUCCCUUUCCUGCUGCCAGAGGAUGUUCUUGUUGAGAGCUCAAAGAUCCCAGAGAAGCUGGAGAAGGUGGAGGGAGAGGUGCUGUUUGUGCAGACUAAGAUAGCAGAGAUUCUGGGCGGCAGCGGAUACAACACAGAGAGACUGGCCACUCCAUACAUCCCACAGAUCACAG